AUGCAGUUCGCCACACAAAACAUGGCGGAUGCGUUGCGCUAAAUGCGUGACUGUUCCAAGCGCAGAAGCUCUUAAUAUACGUAACGUCAGUGUUGCUUCUGAAAGGGAGAUCUGAUCGAAAAGGUGAAGUUUCAGAUUUGAAGAAAAUGGCUUUAAGAACAGCUGUCUCACGAUUACUGGUGAACUCACAGAGAUGUUCUGUGGUCUCUGUGUCACGACCCCAGGGCACCGCAGCAUUUGCACGACAAGAGGAUCUGAAAAAACCAACCAAAACACCUGUGAUCGAGUUUAACUGGCGUGAUGCUUUGGAUCUGGAGGGCCAGCUCACAGAAGAUGAGAUCAUGAUCAGGGACACUUUUCGGACCUACUGCCAGGAGAAACUCAUGCCCAGGAUCCUCCUGGCAAACAGGAACGAAGUUUUUCAUCGGGAGAUUGUGAACGAAAUGGGAGACCUUGGUGUCCUUGGACCUACCAUUCAAGGUUACGGAUGUGCCGGCACCAGUUAUGUGGCUUACGGUCUGAUUGCCCGGGAAGUUGAAAGAGUGGACAGCGGAUACCGUUCCGUAAUGAGUGUUCAGUCCUCACUGGUCAUGCAUCCCAUCAAUGCCUAUGGAACAGAAGCACAGAAACAAAAGUACCUGCCUAAACUGGCUCGGGGAGAGAUUCUGGGCUGUUUUGGACUUACAGAACCAAACCAUGGAAGUGAUCCUGGCAGUAUGGAGACCAAGGCCAAAUACAACCCCUCCAGUGGUACCUAUUCCAUCAGUGGAGCAAAAACAUGGAUUACUAGCUCCCCAUAUGCUGAUAUCUGUGUGGUGUGGGCCAAAUGUGACGAUGGCCGAGUGAGAGGCUUUAUUCUCGAGAGGGGAAUGAAGGGGCUGAGCACACCCAAGAUUGAGGGCAAGUUCUCCCUCAGGGCAUCAGCCACUGGCAUGAUCCUCAUGGAUGAAGUCGAAGUGCCGGAAGAAAACUUGCUACCACAUGUGUCUGGCCUUAAUGGUCCCUUCGGGUGCCUGAAUAAUGCACGAUAUGGCAUCGCAUGGGGUGCACUGGGUGCCGCAGAAUUUUGCUUUCAUGCCGCCCGUCAGUACACCUUGGACAGAAUCCAGUUUGGAGUUCCUCUGGCCAGAAACCAACUCAUGCAGAAAAAAAUGGCGGACAUGCUGACGGAGAUCACGAUUGGACUCCAGUCUUGUUUACAGCUGGGUAGACUCAUCGAUGAAAAGAAAUACUCACCAGAGAUGAUCUCCAUGCUGAAACGCAACUCCUGCGGUAAAGCCCUGGACAUCGCCAGACAGGCCAGAGACAUGCUGGGUGGAAACGGCAUAUCAGACGAGUAUCACGUCAUACGCCAUGUCAUGAACCUAGAGGCGGUCAAUACGUAUGAAGGAACUCAUGACAUUCAUGCUCUGAUCUUGGGCAGAGCCAUCACUGGACUCCAGUCAUUCACUGUUGGGAAAUAAAUCUCUCUCUAAAUAAGGCUGCCAUGGACUUUUAGACUCUCGCUCUCUGUAAUGACUUAACAUCUAUAUGUGUUGCUGUAUUCUCUCAAACAGUAUUAAAAUAUGAUAGUAAUUUCUGCAAGUUUAGUAAAUGGGUCCAUUUGUAGCUCUUUGUUCACCUUAAGGCAAACGUAAUAACAAAAUGGUUAAAGCAUUAAUUCACUCAUAAAUAAACACUAUCGUUAUUUACUCAGACCUUACUUUAAGUAAGUAAAGCUACUUUAUAGCACUUAUAUUUAAAAUAUUUUUAAAAACAAAAUGAAAGUUUGGUCACGUUUACUCAACUUCCUGUUUGCAUUGUAGUCGGUUGGGACCCACUGUUUAGGAUUACCGAGCUCUUGUAUAUUUUGUUGUAUUUAUGGAUUUGACUUUAAAAAAAUAAAGGAUUUCAGGAUUA